ACCUGCUCAGGUGAAAGACAGACACACAGAUAAGACGGAAGCUCUGCACACACUGUAGGUGAAAGCAUACAUAUUGAAAACAUGAUAAAGUCGUUGAGUUUGUCCUCGGAGAGCUCUCUCCCGCCGCUUGAGGACGAUGUGGACUCGGUGUGCUCCGACGAGCUGCUCGGCUCUCAGUCCCGCCGCUGGCUGAAUGAGCUCAUGACCGGGGACCUGCCUCAGGAGAGCGGGGAGGUGAACACGGUGGGUCGGGACGGACUCUUCGUGGACUAUCACUUUCCACUCGGGGAGCUGGAGAUGAACUCCGGGGUGAAGUGGAGACGACCAAAGGAGCUGUGUUCGUCACCUCAGUUCAUAGUAAAUGGAGCUACACGCCUGGACGUCCGCCAGGGAAAGCUCAAUGACUGCUGGUUACUUUCUGCCAUUGCGUCUCUCUCUGGUCAUCGCUCACUCCUCAAGAAGGUCAUGCCUCUUAAUCAGAGCUUCCAGGAAGGAUACAACGGCUGCUUCAUCUUCAGGUUCUGGCAGUACGGUCAGUGGGAGGAGGUCAGGAUAGACGACUUGUUGCCGACUCAAGACAACAAUCUGCUCUACCUCAGCUCGCCAGAAAGACACGAGUUCUGGAGCGCACUGCUGGAGAAGGCCUACGCCAAGCUGAAAGGGGGCUACAGAGCUCUGGACAUGGGCUUCCCUCAUGAGGCCAUGGUUGAUAUGACAGGCGGGGUGGCUGAAGUUUUGACCAUCUCCUCACUGUCUGUUGACCUGCCCGUCUUCCUCAAAAACCUGCUGGCUAAAGGAGCUCUCAUCAACUGUGCAAACUGCCAGGGUCCAUUGGAACAAAGGAAUAGCCUCGGGAUCAUGUUCAGACAUGCUUACUCCCUGACUGCAGUACAGAAGGUGGAGACGAAACACGGUCUCACAUAUUUGGUGAGAAUCCUCAACCCCUGGGGCAACACGGAGUGGGAGGGGCCCUGGAGUGACCUGAACGGCCCACAGUGGAACACGGUGAGCCUCGAGGAGCAGAAGAGACUGGAGCGAGUCAGCCGGGAGGACGGGGAGUUCUGGAUGUCGGUGUCAGACUUCAGACAGAACUUUGAGAUCAUGGAGGUGUGUCACCUGUCCGACACUCUGGGCAAACCCGGCUCCAAAGUGCAGCCAUGGUCCUGCAAAAUGCAUCAUGGGACCUGGGUGCCACAGGUCACAGCAGGCGGCUCUCCAUCAGGAGGACGGUUCUGGCAGAACCCUCAGUUCUACUUCAACCUGUCGGAGGUCGACGGGGGCAAAGAAGACUCUGUGAAGACGUGCUCCUUUGUGCUCGCUCUGAUGCAGAAACACCAGAGACGCAGGGGCACGAACCUGGCUAUAGCUCUGCAUAUAUACCCGGCCCACAGUCAGAAUACCUACCUGUCACCUGAGGACCUCAGCAGGCUCCGCCCGGUCCUCCUCUGCAAAAAUUACUCCCCUCGCAGGGAAGUCGUCCUCCGCGGCUCCCUCCCACCCGGCCGCUACGUCAUCAUCCCUUCAACCUUCGAGCCCGACCAGCAGGGGGAUUUCCUCCUCCGGGUGCUGACAGAGCAGGGGAAUGAUGCCACUCCAGCGCACAGACCAAUGUCACGAGACAACACUUCAACAUCAGAGCUUCAAUAUCCUCAUUUGGCUGCUCUGCCUCCCCCCAAAACCACCAAAGAGCUGUUCAAGAAGCACUGCAACAAGAAGGGAUUUUGUAAACCAGUGCACCUCUACAACCUGCUGACGGAGGCCAUACAGGGAGGAGUGUUGGCCGGCAGUGAGAAGAACUUGGCUCUGGAGCAUUGCAAAAGCAUGGUGGUCCUCAUGGAUAGCCUGGACAUCGCUCAGCUGGACUGGCUGGAGUUUCAGGGACUGUGGGACAAGAUCAGGAGGUGGACGGAUAUCUUCCUGGUGUUCGACAAAAACAAAACUAAGAACCUGGAGUACCCGGAGGUCGCCCCCGCUCUGAGGGCAGCAGGCAUCAUGGUGGAUGAACUGGUGAUGCAGCUGGUCGGACUGAGAUACACAGAGCCAGACAUGACCAUCAGUUACCCCGGCUUCCUCUACCUGGUCAUGAAACUGGAGAGCAUGAUCCACACAUUUCAAGCGUACGACAUGGUGGGGAUGGGAACAGUGACCAUCAGCUACAAACAGUGGCUCCACAUGACCAUGUACAACUGACAACUGGAUCCUGCAGAAGAUUCAUCAGGAUUUUACUUUGUUCUUUUCUUUUCUGCUUUUAAUGUUUGAUUCUAACGUGUAGUUUGAAUGUUUUUAGAUGUACAGUGUCGAUUAAUUCACAGAAACAUGACGCGAGCAAACACAGCAGGUCCUCCAAGCGAGCAGCCCGGGUUCAAAUCCCACCUGUGGCUCCUUUCCUGCAUGACAUUCUCCACUCUCUCUCUCUCCCCGAUUUGUGACUCAGUUAAUGAACCAUUUCAUUUUCUCCGUUGAGCAUUUUGCUUAUUUUGUUAAUUUUCUUCAGACAGUGAAACGACAGAUGAAUGAUUUCAAACAGGAAAUGAUGCUUUCAUCCUGCUGGGUGGAUGCCUUACUCAUGAUUGUAAAAAAAAAAUGUAUAUAAAGUGUAUUUUGCAUCCUUUUCUUCUGUUAGUCUCUAAAUCAGUCUGAAUAAAGCAGAUAGAAAAGA